GAAGCCCAAAUGCUGAUGGCAGCCGUGCGAAUUCCAGGACCCUCUCCAACCUCCGAGCUGCCCCAUGGCCCACAGAUGCCAGAGUCUCUGCUCUCUUGGCUCCGCGAUGAUGGCCGAAGAGCACACAGACCUGGAGGCCCAGAUUGUCAAGGACAUCCACUGCAAGGAGAUCGACCUGGUGAACCGAGACCCCAAGAACAUUAACGAGGACAUAGUGAAGGUGGAUUUUGAAGACGUGAUCGCGGAGCCCGUGGGCACCUACAGCUUCGACGGAGUGUGGAAGGUGAGCUACACCACCUUCACUGUCUCCAAGUACUGGUGCUACCGCCUGCUGUCCACGCUGCUGGGAGUCCCGCUGGCCCUGCUCUGGGGCUUCCUGUUCGCCUGCAUCUCCUUCUGCCACAUCUGGGCGGUGGUGCCGUGCAUCAAGAGCUACCUGAUCGAGAUCCAGUGCAUCAGCCACAUCUACUCCCUCUGCAUCCGUACCUUCUGCAACCCGCUCUUUGCCGCCCUGGGCCAGAUCUGCAGCAACAUCAAGGUGAUGCUGCGGAAGGAAGUGUGAGGCCAGGUGGGGCGGUAGGGGUGGCCGGGCAGCAGGGGGAGUCAGGGGAGGCUGGCCCCACCGUACUUCUCCAUGGGCCUGCCGGCGAGCUCUUUCUCUUUAGGGACUGCUAUUCUCCCCCCCCACCUCCCACCCCAAGAUGGGAGCACACUGUGUAGGGAAGCCAGAAAGAAAAGACAGCCCCGCCACAGAAGCACAGUGGCCCUUCGCUCUGCCCCCCACCCCCGCCCCGCCUCGAUGCCCCUGUGACCGGGCACGAGGAAAGGUAAUUUGCUAAAAGGCAGCUACUGUGCAAGUCUUUGCAUUCACUGGGACUGUAACAGCAUAAACCAGCACUCCGUUCCCACCCGGAGUCAACCUGUUGAUGCACGCCGCCCGGGGAG